AUGGAGGUGGCGGUGCGCCUGGAGGUUCACUACUGCACGCCGCUAGAUACAGUUCUAGGGGACGUUCUGCGCCUGCUGCGCUCGCAGACUUGGGCAGCCUUUAUGACCAGGCAUAUCGGACCCCGGCUCGAGAAGGUCUCACCCGUCGACACCUCGAUGCUGGAACGCUUCGACAAAAAGUGGCAGGUUGAAGCAGGUUAUUGCUUAUCCGAGGGCUGCGUAAUAUGCAUGGACUCUGGUGACGAGUAUGCCGACGACAGUACCGGCAUGCGUCGUUCGAAGAAUAGCAGCGUCCAGCUCCCCUGUGGCCACGGUUUUCACCACCGCUGCAUUCAUUCGUGGCUGCAACUCCAGAGCACGUGCCCCAUUUGCCGCUGGCAGUUCCCGAAGGAGUUCGCCGGCAGGUUUGUCGUUCGCCGCUUGCAAUCGACUGCGGUGCUGCCACAACACAUCCGAUCGUGGCCCCGUGCCAACAUCGCAUACGCUCCCGUCGGCGGUCACUACGUUCGCGUCAUGGUGAGCCUUACGCUUGAGAAGACAAUCAUUGGGGAUCCGUUUGGCGUGUCGUGCCCGUGCGAGAUGACCGUCCUCCUUCUGGACGAGGCCAGCGGCGAGAUAUUUUCCGAAAUGGACACCCGGAUAUCAACGGUUCCAUGCCACUUUGCAGCUCCACAACAUCGGAUCGCUUCCACUCGAUUUGCCUCGCUGGAGGAGACCAAGUUUACUGACGAACUGGUCUCGUCCAGCGUUGCAAGGGAGACGGGUAGGAAGAGGAGGUGCUUUCGUUCGCCGUCGAAGACGAACAAACGGCAACGAGUCAGCAGCGAAUAA